AAGGAUGCAGCUGACGGGCUAAAGGAUGCAGCUGACAGGCUAAAGGAUGCAGCUGACAGCGUUAUUAAUUAGCCUCAUGUUUGCUAAAGGAAAACUAAGCGUGAAAUGGCCGUUUCUGCGCUAAGCUCUGCUAAACGCACAUCAUGAUGUUUUUAUUUUAUGUUACACAAACGCAGAAGUUGGUGAAAAGAUUACCUGGUGCUGCUGCUGCUGUUAUUGUAGGUGUUGUUGUUGUUGUUGUGAUGAAAUGGAUGUGGUGUUUGAGUCACGUGACAUGCUAAACGAGCAGCUCGGUCUAAUUGUGCGCGGAGUGACUGUAAUCGGAUUUGUACUGAAGUUCAAGGCUGAGUCAUUUGUUCUCCAGCCUGAGCCGAGCUUCUCCUCCAGCACCUGCGUGCUGAGACCGGCCUAUCGCCUCUGCUGGUAUCAGCCACACAUAAUAAGUGUCCUCUGCGUGGUCCCAUUGACAAAGUGCUGCAGGAGAGAAAAAUGUGUUCUUUCUCAGUCGUUUCCUUUCUCUCGUCUAUCUGUCCUCCCUCUCGCCAUCUCCCAGUUGUAAGACAUGAAAACAAUGUAGAGUAUUCCAAGGACAGACCUGGUGUAUGUGCAGAUAAAGUGCAGGUUUCCCAGGCUUUCCGGAACAACAGUCACUCUUUUCCUCGCCGCCGCGCUCCUAUUGGACGUACAGGCUGAAGAGCAUCUCGGAGCAGCAGUCACCGUCUGAGAGAUCUACCUCCUUCAGCGUGAACCUGGCACCAUCUUUCUGCUCCAUAGCUCCUCCAAGGUCCGUUUUCUACCUGGCAGACAUGUUCCUGCUGCUCUUUACGUCAGUCGUGCUGGUCGGAUUUCCUUUUGGGAAAACGUUCAUCCUCCAGCCAGAGGAACCAGCCACAUCUCCUGCCAUCAGGACCAACAGAUGUCAGGCCGAGUCCCUGCAGAGCGUCCGAAAGGUCAUUCUAGACUUGUUAAACCUGCAGGCCGAGCCUCACGUGUCUAUUCCCGGGAUGGCUGCGAUUCGGGAUCAGUGGAAAGUUGCCUUCAAAGCCACCAGCCAGUCGGAGCCCACACAGCUGAACAACAGCGAGAACCAAACAUCCUCCCAAUAUUCCAGCCCUCCGAACUCGACUGUCCUCCAGUGCUGCAAACUGGCUUCUCAGAUCUUCAUCAGAGAUCUAGGCUGGGAUGCAUGGAUCAUCUACCCAGAGAGCUUCACCUACAUCCAGUGCAGUGUGUGUGACCCUCAGGUGGAUCAGAGCAUCACCCACUGCAGUGGAGACCGCCCACCUGCCCCUCAGGUGCCGUGCUGCGAGCCCACCAAGCAACACCUCACGCCCUUCCUCCACCUGGACCACACGGGCAGCCUCGUCAUCGCCUCUGUACCGCUGGCCCGUGAGUGCGGCUGCAGACCCGGGACCGGCCCCCAGACCCCCAAACCCUGAGAGGUCAUGACCUCAGCUCUGAGUACACCCGCCCCACCCCACCCCCUCCCCUCACAUUCCUCUCACUACUCGCUGCUGCUGGGAUGACGAUCAAUAGCAAACACUGUAAAUAUCUCACAUUUCACAGAUUUUAAUAGCUGAGUGUCCAAGAAGUGGAAUUCUGAGAAGAGAUAAAGAAAUCUGGCUUUGUUCAGCGCUUUCACUGAGAAAUCUUCACCCAAGGCCACAUCAGGGAUCAGAUCUCCCCAAACUCUGAGCUCUCGGAGUGUUUUUAGCCAUUUUAUAGCUGAAGUCUGGCAGGAUUUAGACGGUGGUCUCUGAGUGUUCCUCCCAAAAAUGUGAGUUUAGCACCCUGCCAGACUUUUCCCAGAGUGGGCCUCUAAAGCUUUCGAGUAAACAGAGUAAAACACACUGAUGGCCUCUGCAGCCUCCGCUCUGGAGUGUGUAACACCAACUUUUCUGCACUGAUAAAACGGCCUGGAAUCUUCACCCCGCUCCAGUUUUAAUUGUGAAGGGUUAAAGUCCUCAGAAAAGGUCUUGGAAAGAUUUUGAAUACUGAGUACAUUCGUGGAACGCUCCAAGGCCAUUCCAUGUCACCAUGUCUAAUGAGCUUAAAGCUGUUUAAAGGGCCCAUAUUCUGGAAAAUCAUAGUUUUGUUUACUUAAAUUAAGAGUUUGAUGUUUUACAGAAACAUUGUUUAAGUGUCUAAAUGUUGAAAUUAAACAGCAAAAUCAUCCCAUUCACUUAAUACAUUAUCAGCCUGUACAGCCUACAGCGGGUCGGCGCCUCUGUUAAUAGAAGUGUCUCAGCCCAGCCAAUCAGAACAGAGCUCUUCUACAUAUAUCGGUUGUAAAAGUGCAUGAGAAACAGCCUGUUUAAUUGUGUGAGAUAAAGAGAGGCUGGAAAAUUUAAUGUAAAAAUGAAUUGUGUAAAAAAGACAAUCACAAAACACAAGGAAGCGAAGGAUGUGGGGCCUUUAAACAAGAACCUUUAAACCUUUAAAGAACCUUUUAAGCAAGACGUUUUAUUUCAUCUCUCAAAGUUCUCAAACCAAAAUGAUUAAAAUAACAUAAGAUUGUUUAUCACUUUAUGUGCAUAAUAACUGCAUACAUUUAUUUACAGUUAUUUACAUCACUGUUUUAUUUUUAUGUUGCUAUUUUGCUCUAUUUUCUCUUUUUUCUAAUAUAUUAAAUUGACUGGUUACAAAGUUUGAAGAUUUUUGGAUACUCAGUAAAUUAGAGCCAAUCUGAGCCGAUUACAGAGCAGAUUAAUUUUAUAU